ACUACAACUCCCUAGCACACCGCCGAUAGCCCGAUUCUAGAGCGUUGGUUAUCCGGGGAUAUCGCACCGCUGUCUCUAGUCUAUUUCACUCUCUCCCUCUUCCUGCGGAUUGACACAAUACAGUAGAAAAAAAGCAAAACAAAACAUUAAAAGCCAAAAAAAUGGCGGAGCUCGGAGCGGGGAGCUUGCAAGGGGGGGACCCUGCUUUCAGCUACCAGGAGCGAGAGCUCAACGAGCGACUGAAGCAGCUUUACCCGGCCGUGAAUGAGGAAGAGACUCCUUUACCUCGAUCUUGGAGCUCCAAGGAUAAAUACAGCUACAUCGGGCUCUCACAGAACAAUCUCCGGGUGCAUUACAAAGGUCACGGGAAGAACCACAAGGACGCGGCGUCGGUCCGGGCCACCCACCCCAUCCCGGCCGCCUGCGGCAUCUACUACUUCGAAGUGAAGAUCGUCAGCAAAGGGAGGGAUGGGUACAUGGGAAUCGGCCUGUCUGCCCAAGGCGUCAAUAUGAACAGGCUGCCUGGUUGGGAUAAACACUCGUAUGGUUACCAUGGAGAUGAUGGACACUCCUUCUGCUCAUCAGGGACUGGCCAACCGUACGGCCCCACCUUCACAACGGGCGAUGUGAUUGGCUGCUGCGUCAACCUCAUCAACAACACCUGUUUCUACACCAAGAACGGGCACAGUCUAGGUAUAGCAUUCACAGACCUUCCUCCCAAUCUGUACCCAACGGUGGGCCUGCAGACGCCUGGCGAGAUCGUAGACGCCAACUUCGGGCAGCAGCCCUUCGUGUUCGACAUUGAGGACUACAUGAGCGAGUGGAGAGCCAAGAUCCACAGCAUGAUCGCGCGCUUCCCCAUCGGAGAGAGGCUGGGCGAGUGGCAAACCGUGCUGCAGAAUAUGGUGUCUAGCUACCUGGUGCAUCAUGGGUACUGUGCUACAGCUACUGCCUUUGCGCGGGCCACAGAAACCAUGAUUCAAGAGGAGCAGUCUUCAAUAAAGAACAGACAGAGAAUACAGAAGUUAGUAUUAGCGGGCAGGGUUGGAGAAGCCAUAGAGGCGACACAACAGCUGUAUCCCGGACUUUUAGAGCACAACCCUAAUUUACUAUUCAUGUUAAAGUGCCGGCAGUUUGUGGAGAUGGUGAACGGCACGGACAGCGAGGUCCGCUGCUUCAGCAGUCGCUCCCCCAAGUCGCAGGACAGCUACCCCUGCUCGCCCAGCCUGAGCCCACGGCACGGGGCAGCCAACCCACACCUCCACGCCACAGGAGCAGACAGUCCUACCUGCAGCAAUGGGGUGGCUCCGGGGAAGAGCAAACAGAACCACAGUAAAUACCCCGGGCUCAGCUCCACCUCCUCCUCUUCCUCCUCCUCCCCUUCCUCAGUCAACUACUCCGAGUCCAACUCCACAGACUCCACCAAGUCCCAGCCGCACAGCAGCACCAGCAAUCAAGAGACAAGUGACAGUGAAAUGGAGAUCGAGCCUGAGCACUACACCAACGGGGUCCUGGAGAACUCCUCUCGGAUAAUGAACGGUACCUACAAGCAUGAGGAGAUCCUGCAGACAGACGAGUCCAGUGUGGGGAACGGCAUGGCAGAGGACAGCUGUGCACCCAGGCAGCUGUGCGGAGGCAACCAGGCUGCCACGGAGCGGAUGAUUCAGUUUGGCCGCGAGCUGCAGGCCCUCAACGAGAAACUGGGCCGGGAAUAUGGCAAAAACACCACGCACAAGAAGAUGCUGCAGGAUGCGUUCAGCCUGUUGGCGUAUUCGGACCCCUGGAACUGCCCGGUGGGGCAGCAGCUGGACCCCAUGCAGAGGGAAUCCAUCUGUUCCGCUCUCAACAGCGCCAUCCUGGAGUCCCAGAACCUGCCGAAGCAGCCCCCCCUGAUGCUGGCGCUGGGCCAGGCCACCGAGUGUGUCCAGCUGAUGGCCCGUGUGCGCUCCGGCUCCUGCUCCUUCGCCAGGAUCGACAACUUCUUGCACUAGCGCCAGCUGAGGCAAUGUACAGGACAGCGUACGAGCGGACUUUCAGUGGCCGAGGAGAUCAAGGAGAGCCUGAGUUUGAAUUGGUGUGCUGUUUUCCCUUUGGUGGAGUCUUGAAGAGUAGAUAAAUACAACACAAGAAAGGCUUUUUUAAUUUUGUAUUAUCAGAUACAGAUUGUGUGACACUAUUUAAAGAUUAAUUAUUAUUCUGUUUAUGUAGUAUUUUUUUUUAGUUUUUAGUUUGUCAUUUGUUGUGCUCAUCUUGAAAAUCUAGAUCCUUUGUUUUUAAGGGUGGAAAUGAACCCCCCAGAUAACAUUUUAAACUGCGGUAUGCCCUAUUAAAACAGAAUAAUAAGGUAUACAUUGUAAUUAAACAAUACUUUUGUUUCUCAGAACUCAGGUAUACAUACGCAUAGAAAUUUAGCAUGGAAAGUGGAAGAAAGUCCUUUUGUUUUACCAGCAUUGAAUUGGUCAUCUCCAUGCUUACUGUGAUUUUAAUUUCUUUUCUAACCUUUAGAUUUUGGAAAAAGUCAAUUAUGCUAUGUUGACAAUUCCUCAGAAAAAAAAAUUGCUGUUCAUUGAUUAAAACAAAGAAAGCUUCCCAGAUAAGCCACAAACUUGUCUGCAGUAUGUAACACCUGGUGUCUUGUGGAGCACCAGCUGACUUCAUGAAGGUUUUUGAAUUUGCUGGCUUAAUAUAUUUUAGAGUUCACAAUAGUGACUCAAAGGGUUCAGUUCAGGACAAUUCCUUUGUAUUUUUUUACAAAAAGUGGAUUUUGAAGUUCCACAGUCUAAUAUUGUAGUGAUUCAACUACACUAAAGCUUUCUUGAAAGGCUGUUACAGCCCAGUUAGGUAUAAGACAUUAGACGCUGCUUUUCUGGCUCCAGUUCGUUUGAGGAAUGUAAGGAACAUGAGGAAUUGUAAAAAAAAAUGAAGGAAUUUGGUUGGUUGCCCUGUGCCUGCAAAAAUCCACAUUUUCAGCUGCACAAGCCAUUUGUCUCUGCUGUGACGCAGAAAUGUAAGUUGCCAGUUCGUGUGCGUCUCCUGCACACUUGCUUGUGACUUUCAAGCUGAAAGGUUGCUGAACAUGUGCGCAGGCUCUCUGCACUCAGAGCUGCAAAGUCCGAACUCUGCGCCAGAGGAAAAUGAAGGUGCCCGUGUCUGAUGAGUUAGCCACUUGUAGUCUAGCACUCGGCGCGAAACAGGCUGACAGUUAACUUCAGUCGAGGCCUCCCUCCUCGGUCUUGAAUAUUGAACAAUGGGGGUGUGUAUCUCACCAGUCGUCCUCUGUUCCAGAUGGGGCUCCCCCUUUGGGAGUGCUCACCGUGUGCUCAGCAGCAUGCCGCCCCCAGGGGAGCUCAGCGUCCCAGCAGAGCCCCGGCUCACUGGAGUGGCCUCUUUGGAACUUGCUACAGCACCAGGCUAACGCCAUCCCAAAAAUCACUGCUUUCUAAAAAGUGUGAUGACUAUUUUUGACGUUAAUUCCUCUAAUAUGUUCUUUGAGCCUGCUUAGCAGGGGGGAUAUUUAAAAACAAAAGGCCAGAUCGAUCAUAUCUCUCCUUGUUAUGAACACCAUAGCAUUGUAGCAUUUCAGUUGCUGUGCUGUUUUAUGUGUCAUCUACCUGGUGUGGAGUGUAUGUGAGGUGUGCAUAAGGAACAUCUAUGUUAGCACUCUUUGUUUUUACCCCACACCUUCAGACAGACAUGCAGCAGCAGGGGUCUCUGUGGAAAUAAGCUUGCAUGCACUCUCUUUUACCUUGUAAAUACCGUGGCUUUCCCUAAAUCCCAAGGGAGAGAGUCCUUCUGAAUAGGAGCAUGAUGACUGUGGAAGAGUCUCAGUUAGACUUAUUCUCUAUGCAGGCUAGCCUCCCCACCUCUCCAGCAUGGCCUAGGAGCCCAAUAGGAAAUGGCCAUGUGAUGUCCUGACGGCCAGCCCACAUGAACUGAGAGUUUCUGCUGCAAUGGCUGUUAAAGAGACAAUAUCAUUUGAACUAAUGCAUUAAUUUUGACCUGGCCACUGUGGAUUCAGUGGCUAUAAACUCUUUCUUAUAAAACAUUUUCCUUGAAUAUUAUUAACUGCACAAGUGGUCACAGCCACCAGAGUUUCAAAAUGCCAGUUAGGAUGGAGUAACCCUGUGUUGAAUGUAGCUCAGUAGGGUUUUAUUUUUGAAUGCUGACGGCCUACAUGAGAUUUCUCGGACAAGUUGUCUGAAAUGCAUUGUUUUUGUUUUACCUCGCUCUAACACGAAAUGUAUAAUAAGGCGUAUUAUGUUUAUUUUCUGUUUUGUGUGCAUCAUAUUAAGUGGCAGGCAAAGGGGAUUAUGCAGACAAGAGACAAGUACAAGCCAGAGGAAGAGGAAUGAAAGCACACCCCACCCCCCCACAACCACAACCACCACGGUAGUGAGGGCAGGGGUUUAGGGGGUGGAGUUGAACACAAGCCAAACUGCCAAACUGUUCAUUUUGGCCCUCUCACUCAUUGGUCAGUGCCAGAUGAUGACCACUACUUCAGAACGGCCCCUGUGAUCAGGCUCUCCAGAGGGCCUCUCGGGUUCUUGAUCGACUCUUUCAAAAGACAAAAAAAAAACGGAAUCCGUUUUUUUAAUUGAGUUGUGACACAGAUGUAUAUAGUACUUGAAUUAAGUCUGUAUCCACCCUGCACUCGUAGGUUACUUGAUUUAUCUAAUGUGAUACAGGGUGCAGUGGCUGGAGAUGCGUUUUUAAAAUGUCUGAAGCGAACCGUAUUCAGAUACCCUGUUUCUGAGUAUUAGAUCUUUGAACAGAGAUGGUUCUCUCACUUCUUUGGAAAGUCUAAAACCUGUUUUAGUCGUACACACCCUCUGGCAGACCCAAGUACAUUAUACUCCUCAAUAGCCAGACCGAUCGAGCCCCGCCUAUCGUCAUUUUCACUUGGAUCACACUUUAUUAGGAAACGUGACUUUUUAUUCCUUUAAGCUGACAAGAACUUCAGUUGAUGCCCCAUUGGGAUUGAAGGAUGGCAAUUAAAUGGGUAAAAUGUCGCAAGCUGUGCACAAGUUUUUUUUUUAAUUAUAAUUUUAUUUUUUGAGUUUGAUCUUAGUAUUUGUGAAAUAAGUUACCCUCUACUUAGCAUGAACCUUUGAAAACCUUUAAAACAAAAAAAAAGAAAAAAAGAAUUAUGAAAAAAUACCUAUGUACUGGAAAUAUGGUAAAGACAAAUAUUGUAUUCUGUUGUAUUUUGACAGAAUUAUUUUUAUUAAAAUACACAUCCAUGUGCAAAUUA